GGUGCAGUGACUACUCUGGAGAGCCUGUUCCUUUGUGCGACCACCCUCGGAGAAGAACCUCUUCCUGAUGUGUAGCCGAAACCUCCCCUUCCUCAUCUUGACUGCCGCCCUCCGGCUCUCUCAGGCUGGAGGACACAAAAGAGGAAGAAACGGUGCACUCUUUAGUCUUUGAAUGUACUUUUUUGACCGGAGAGCUGGGGGUUUGGUGUGUUUCUGUGCUGGAGCCAUGUGAGUUCCAGAGAUAAUAUCGCGUGCCAAACCGCAGUGAAAAUGGCGAUUGGGCUUGCAGCGGAGCUCCUCUUCAUCUUCUUUAUUCUGCAAGCACGGGUGCAGGCGGAUAACUCGCAGGCAGUAGGGAUGGUGGGAGGCGUAGUAUACUUCAGGCCCCCACUGCCGAACCUGACAACCGCCUACCACCAAAGCCACUGGUACUGCGGCAGCUCCCUGAAGAUUGCCAUCCAUGAGUACGGGAAGGGAGUCCGGUACCUCGAUGGCCCUUUCAAGGACCGCCUUGAGCUCUUCCCCAACAAUACGCUGAAGAUCAGCAGCUUGCAGAAAAACGACAGCAACAAUUUCUGGAUGUACCUGCAGGAUGUGGCGGGCAAGGAACACGACUACAGGGUCUACCUGAAGGUGUAUGAUGUGGUCCCCAAACCUACCGUGAAAGCCAUAGUGCAUGGGAACAAUCCGGAGCACUGCAAUGUCACCCUGGAGUGCUGGGUGCAGCUGGAAGACGUGACCUAUGAGUGGAUGCCCCCCAGCAGGGUCAUGCCAGUGGGCUCUAACAGCACCAACAGCACCCUGCCCCUCUCCUUCAACCCCUCCCUGGAAACCUACACGUGCAGGGCCAGCAACCCUGUGUCCUCCAGCAGCGCCCGGCUGACCCUCAGGCACCCCUGCUCGUGGACAGCUGAGUCCUCUGCUGUCUCCACCGCCACCAAGACCAGCAUGCUGAUGUUGCUGGGACACCUCCUCCUCCUCUUCUUCGCUCUCCAUUAAUGACACUGUUGUGGCUGAUGUUGUCUGCUGUGGGGGUAGAACCUGGAUGAAGCCCCCAGAUGGCAAGUCUCUUGCAACGGCACUUUGAGAAUCCCAGCAAUGCGAAUCAGCAAAUGGACAUUUAGCAGCUCAAAAAUGCACCCAGCCCUAGCUCUGAGAGCUGAGCCGAGCCUUUCCUGCAGGUUCCCCAUGGCAGUGGGCAUCCUCAGCUCUCUUGGUGUCUGCCAGCCACUGGGGGGGAAUGCCCUUCGGGGACUGCUGUGUGGUGUGGUUAUGAGGGCUGGUACACAGCACGUUUAGCCUGGAACCUGUGACACCUUCAGGGGAAGUGCACCCCUGGGUGGUUGAAGCUUGUCUUUGGAGAAGAUGACUUUGAAACUUGGACUGUGCGUUGGUGGGAGCUGAGGAUGCAGGAUGUGUGUGUUGUGGUUUAACCCAGCUGGCAACUAAACACUAUACAGCCCUUUCCACCCCUUCCCAGGAUGGGGGAAAGAAACAAGAAACUUAAGCUUGUGAGUAGAGAUAGACACAGUUUAUUAGGACAGAAAAUAAUAAUAACAACAACAAUAACAAUAAUAAAAAAUAUGUGUACAAAA